AGAAGUGCGAGGGAGGAGAGAAGGGGAGAAAGGGCGACGUCAGACGUCAGACGGUGGUGGGAUGGCUCAAUGUGAGGGGAGAAGGAAAGAGAAAACGUCCUGAAGAAAGGAGCCUGGAGUGAAUGAGCGCUGGGCUGCACGGGGAACACAGCAGCGGUUCAAAACAAAGGACGGCUUCUUCACGUCGGCUGCAACAUCACACCACGUCGGCUCUGUGUGCUUUCUCAAACGUUACCAUGGCUGAGGGAAGCUGCUUCGGUGCGUUGUAGCUGUUUGGGAUGACCAGAGCCAGACCUUGCCUCAUUAAAGAAGAAGAAGAGGCGAGAGCAAAGAAUACCGACUGAGAGGGGGAAAAACAUCUGCUGAGAGGAUAAGAUCAGAACAGGGAACCUACUGGAACUUUCUCUUUGUAGUAAAGGAAUUUAAACUCCCCAGUAUCAGUCAGUUGAAGGGUUCAAGAAUUAUAUAUUUUUUUACUUUGUGACCAUCUCAGAAAGAGUGAGCAUCAUGUGCCAUGUUAUUGUAACCUGCCGCUCUAUGCUCUGGACACUACUCAGCAUUUUGGUGGCCUUUGCUGAGCUUAUUGCCUUCAUGAGCCCUGAUUGGCUGCUGGGAUCCCCCCGCUCGGACUCCAGUGCGAGCGGGGCGGGCGUGGACUCGGGGGAGUACCGGCCGUCUCUCGGCCUGUACAGCCGCUGCCUUCGUGUCGGGGCCCGGGGAAUUGGGGUGAGCUGCGGGCCCUACGCUCGGACAUUUGGAGAAGUGGCCAGCGGCUUCUGGCAGGCGGCCAUGUUGUUUCUGGCAGCAGGGAUCUUAGUUCUAGCAGGAGUCGCUUGUAUCUCCAUCUUCAGCCUGUGCUUCCAGAGCAUCCUGAAGAAGAGCAUAUUCAACAUCUGUGGACUGCUCCAGGCUAUCGGAGGCCUGUUGCUGAUGGUGGGCCUCAUGCUGUACCCUGCUGGUUGGGGAUCAGAGAAGGUGAUCAGCUACUGUGGCGCUGAGGCCUUGCCCUUUAGGCCGGCCCUCUGUUCCCUAGGCUGGGCCUUCUACGCCGCGAUAGGAGGAACGCUGGGGUCCUUCCUGUGUGCCGUUUUGUCUGCACAGGCUGAGAUUGCCACCUCCAGCGACAAGGUCCAGGAGGAGAUUGAAGAAGGGAAGAGUCUAAUCUGCCUGCUCUGAGCCUUCACAAAACCUGGGGAAACCAUCCUUGGUGUCUUUUCUCUUUUACACACAUUUUUAGAUCUCAGUGGAGGAGAACAGACAUUUCUUUCUGCAAUUUUCUUUAUGAUGAGAUCGCUGGUUGUUGAAAAGAUCGAAGCCCUGAAAACAAAAUAUUAAUAUGCAGAUCACGCUACCAAUAUCAUCCUAGCUAAUGAUAAACAUGGACAAAGUAAAACGUAUAUUUCCCUUCUACAGCUGCAGGUUGAACUGCCAAAAAUGCUCUUGUACAGCAGCAGGCUAAAGAACAUUACCUGCAGACGUAUCCAAUGUUUUUGAACAAGAUAGUGUUUAUUUUUCUAAUUAUCUUUGCCAUAAACAAACCACUGUGCUGGAGAAGCAGGAGAUUAGUUAAAGAAAUCAGUAGUCGAUGAGUCAUUAGCAUUUUUGUGGACAGGUUAAUGACUGCAAGUCAGUGCGUAUGUUUAUAACGUCAUUAUAAUGUUCAUUCACACGGUUCACCUGCAAAACGUAACAAACCACUGAAUACUAGCAGAUGUGUCCAUUUAGACUCCCAACAAGGGCUUGGGAGGGUGUAUGUCUGGGAGUGUGUGUGUGUGUGUGUGUGUGACAGACAUUUACUGUUGUGUUUUCUAAACUUCUUUAUGAUCUGAUUGUGUGGCACAGCAGGACUCUAACUUUCCAUAUGCCACUUAAGGGAUCAUUCACUUUAAAGGUGGUUUCCCUGUUAAAUGGAUUGUUUGUGGGUCUCUUGCAGCUUAUUAACUGGCAGAGUGUGUGUGAACAGAACCGAGACUCGCCAUGUGUUUCUCUAUGGUGGACUUUCAUGAGGAGAUAAAGCAGGCUGCACCAGAGAUUAUCACGGGUUACCUUACGACACAGCACACAGACGAGAUCUGGUUUGUAAAGAUGCCCAAAGAACCGGUUACAUUUUUAAAAGGCUUUGUUGAGCUUUUGCUAAAUGAAUACGACCUGGGUUUUCAGUGAGGCUUUGAUUAGGGCAGACCUCUCUGUUUUGUUUGGUACUUUUGGAGAUCAGAGUAUUGUAUUUUGCACUUGGUUCUCAAUUCAUUUCAAAUUGCUUCAUAACUUCCUAACCCCCAUCAAGUUGCUGUAAAUGUAACAUCAUGUGAUCACUUUUAUUAUUUGUAGAUAAGAUGUGCAAUAAUUCAACUAUAUUGUCUCUGCUGUGAGAGAGAGUGGGCUGAGAGGAUGAGACGUUUCUAGUCUGUCUGUGCUAAAAUGUAUAUGUUGACUGUACUGUUUUGUUACAUUAACAAAAGGGUAACAGCAUCCGUGGCACAUUGUAUAAUGCUGCAUGUAUGAGGUUGAUAUGUGUGAGAGAUCUGUCUGUACUUUGUACUCGAAUAAACCAGGCCUUCUUUAAAUAUA